GUUAAAACCUCAUAAAAGGAGGACAUCCCCAAGAAAGAGAAGAUUAAUAAAAAUUCCUCACCUUCGAAGCGUUAAGAAGAAGAAAGAGCUGAACUUAUUUUCUUCCCCGAAUAAUGUAAAUGAAGAAGGAGAAUACGAGCACAAAUGCUCAGAUUCUUCUUUAAGUUCCGAUAGGGAAUCCCUAAACGAGACACACUCAGACAACCCCACGAUGGAAAAUAUGACAACGAGGGAUUUAUCAGGGAUUAAAACUGAUAUCCACGAGGACAUCAUACCCAGCGAGAGUGAAAAGGAAUCUAGUGGAAAAAACAGCACAGGGAAGGCACAGGAAUCAUUCCGAAAAAAUGACACCAAUUUAGAGUCCACGUGUAGAUCGAAUUUUCAAAAGGAUGUCCAGGGAUCCAGGUCUAAAAUGACGUCAAAAAUGAACGACACAAUUGGAGGCGAGUGUCCACUGUGCCUAAUGCCCAAAACGGAAUCGCUCCACGGGAACUUGCCGCCUACCAUUUACAAGCUGAGUUGUGAGCACGUUUUUCAUUUGAUGUGUAUCUACGAAACGGUGAUACGAAGAGAAUGCAGAAAGGCGAAGCGCGAAAAAAAGGAAAAUGAAAAAAAAAAUAAACUCAUGUUAAAGGUUAUGAAGAUGCAAGCUGAUAACCAGACGCAGGGUGAGAAGUGA